GCACAGAAGCAGGAUGGCCUGAACUUGAUUAUUGCCUUUAACAACCCUCAUAUAAUUUCAAUGACGUGAGAUACAAGUAUACCAUAGACAGGAGAUCAUCCUCUUUUACGGAGUAAGUAAGUUGCCUUCAUGUACAGGAUACAACACGACUUCCAGGAGAAUGCCCAGAAGAGGGUUUUAUCUACAAGGCAAGACCCGUUGGUUUCUUGUUGGACUUGCCCUGCUUUUCAGCCUAAUGCUUCUCACAUAUCUCUUGGAAUGUGUACCGACCCCAGAAGGAAAUGGAUCACUCCCUGGAAUCGCAGGAGAGAUUUAUAGCAAGGAAUACUACCAGGCUCUUCUUCAGGAACAAGAGGAGCAUUAUAAAAGCCGGGCAACUAGUCUAAAACGCCAGAUUGCCCAACUAAAGCAGGAGCUUCAGGAGAUGAGUGAGAAACUAAGAUCUGCACAUGAGAAGAAACUUGCCAAUGGUGGCGGGCACCAGGGUACCAAAGGCCAACCUUCUAACGAUCUACUUGAAUUUCUGCACUCACAGAUUGACAAAGCUGAGGUUGUGGUGGGUGCUAAACUUCCUAGCGAAUAUGCAGUUGUUCCCUUUGACAGUUUCAAUAUAAUGAAGGUUUAUCAGUUGGAGAUGGGUCUGACACGGCACCCUGAGGAAAAACCCAUUAGGAAGGACAGGAGAGAUGAACUGGUCGAAGUUAUAGAAGCUGGCCUGGAAGUCAUUAAUAAUCCAGAUGAGGAUGAUGAGCAGGAGAACCGAGGAGGCGAUAGAGUUUUAUAUACAGAAACUGAUUUUGUAGAAGGAUAUUACCGAACCGAGAAAGACAAAGGCUCGCAUUACGAAAUGUUCUACAAGAAAACAGAGUCUGGAAGUUACCACCACAUCACUUUAUUUCGACCAUUUGGCCCGCUCAUGAAGGUCAAAGUGGAAACACAGGAUGUCUCCAGGACAGCCAUCAAUAUCAUUGUCCCAUUGUCUAGCCGAACAGAAGCCUUUGCACAGUUUAUGCAGAACUACAAGGAUGUUUGUAUUCAGCAAGAUAAAAGGACUUACCUGACUGUGGUCUACUUUGGUGAGGCAGGUCUAUCGGAAGUUCAGGAAAUCCUUAAAACUGUAGAGAAUGACCAGGAUUUCCAUAAUUACACAUUAAUUCCACUGAAGGAGGAGUUUAGCAGGGGGCGUGGCCUGGAAGUUGGCGCAAGGGCCUGGGACAAAGAGGAUGUUCUGCUUUUCUUCUGUGACGUUGACAUCUAUUUCACUCCAGGGUUUCUGGAAACAUGCAGACUAAGCGCAGAACCUGGUAAGAGAGUCUUCUACCCUGUUGUAUUUAGUCUUUACAAUCCUGCAAUUGUGUAUGCCAAUCUAGACGCACUACCCUCCAAAGAGCAACAGCUGGUUCAUAAGAAGGACUCAGGCUUCUGGCGAGAUUUUGGAUUUGGCAUGACUUGUCAGUAUAAAUCUGAUUUCUUAUCUAUCGGUGGCUUUGAUUUGGAAGUCAGAGGCUGGGGAGGAGAAGAUGUCCAUUUGUACAGGAAAUACCUCCACGGAGAUUUGGUUGUGGUGCGAACCCCAGUACCGGGCCUGUUUCAUCUCUGGCAUGAGAAGCAUUGUGUGGAUGAACUGACUCCAGAGCAGUAUCGCAUGUGCAUCCAGUCUAAGGCCAUGAACGAAGCCUCUCACCCGCACCUCGGCAUGUUGGUAUUCCGGGAGGAAAUUGAGGCUCACUUGCGCAAGCAAGCCUUCAGGACAAAUAAUGAGUCGGAGGCAUGAACCAUCAAGUGUCACAUGGAACCGUAAAAAGCCCUAAAAGCUGGUAUUAAAUAGUCAGUUGAGCCUGAAUGGCUAAUAGGGUAGAAUAUUAUGGAUGCAGGACAUCAUCGCUAACAUAUAAAGCCCAGCAUAUCAUGAGAGGGUUAAGGCAAUGCUUUCAGUGCCAUACUGUCUUUUGCAAAGGAGUCUGGGUAAUUCUGGACAGGCGUCAUAUGGAGGACUUGUACUUUAAUAAUGCUUUGUGUGUCAGUCCAGCACAGAAAAUAGUCAGAUUAACAUUAUGUUUACGCUAUCACGGUGAGGAUAUACAUAUCCAGCUGAGAAAUGAAUUCCCAUGGCAUAGAUGAGCACAGCAAAGGGAACGCACAGGUACGUCUGGGCCCAGUAAUGGACAUUUUUUUUCUGUGCCUUACUACUGCAGAGGGAGCGCCCAUAUGAUCACUGCAGGCGAAGGAGAAUAUG